AUGUUUUUGCCAUCAUUUGGCUCUUGCAACCAAACAUCAGCUGUCUGCGCACGAAGCCUUCACUUCGUCAACAGCAUCCUUUACUUUUUUCUUCUAGAAAGUAAUACUGCUUGUGUUAUAAGAUUAUUAUUAUUAAUAAUAAGCAAACCUCUCACAUACGACCAUAGGACGUUGAAAACAAGGCUUCCCGUUCGCUCAGCCCUAUUUAAGCAACGUACCGGCGGAUUAGUAGUUAGGUGGGUGACCACUAGCGAAUACCCGCUGUUGUAUGUUUUUGCAGAUUUUUUACUUUCCAGAAUAUCGCCCUCGGCAUACUUGUAA